UUCAGCGGCAACCUGUUGUUUCAAAAAGCAGAUAAAAACCCCACAAAACAAGUAGCCUCGAGUAUAUAGGCCAGAUAAACAUGUCAUUUAUUUAGUUUUUUAGAUUCAUGGAUGAUUUUUAAAAUAUAUAUGAGUUUAAUUUUAGACUUGAUACCGAAAGUGUGGAGGGGAACUUUUUUUUUUUUUUUUUUUUUUAAACAUGUCGGUGGCGGGGGAUUCUCAAUUCUCUUCAAACGCCAGCUGUCGAGAGACACAGAAAUAGCUUAAUUACUUGGAAAUAGUGAAUGUAGUGAGCGAGCACCGAACUGUGGCUGUGAAUCGUUGCGGCAAUAAACGGAGCUGUGCAGAGCAGCAGACCUACAACAUCCGGGCAAUACGCAGCUUGCGCAGAAACGGAAUGGCGGAGGUGGGUGUGAAGCCCCUGAAGAUAAGCGUGGAGGCUGUGGAUGAGGUACAGUGAUGAAGGCCCUCGACAGGAGAAGCAGAAGUCUUUAACAGGCCGCGGAGGAGCUGGAGGAGAACUUUCGCCCCAUGAAGAUGGCAGCGCAGUCCCACGCUGCCAGUGAGCUUCCUUUGGAGGAGCUGCUGGCUCUGUACGGCUACACGGUGUCCGAUCCAGAGAAGGAGACCUGUCACGUGGCUGCCAGCCUGCCAGGCAUGACGCUAGACAAGGAUCAGAUAACUGAGGAUCUCUUUCCUGGGGAGGAGGAAGAAGAAUCGUCAGCUGAUGAUCUGACCCCCUCAGUCACCUCCAACACCUCAGAUCUGCUCCGUCGCCUCCAAGGUGGGGACAAAGACACAUCAGUCAGCUCCUCAGACGAGGACUCCGACGAUGCCUCUCUUCCCUCCAAUGAAGAGCACAAGGAGAUCAUGGUUGGCUCCAUGUACCAGGCAAAAAUCCCCCCACUCGGUUCAUCUACCUACCAGGAGAGAGCCUGCAGCAGUGAGGACCAGUUGCUGUGGAGGCCAGGUGUCCUCUCGGUGCAGGAAGUGGAGGAGUUCUUGCUGUAUGCACAGAGACCACGUGUCCAGGAGAGGGCAGCCUGCACACAAACACAAGCAGACGCAGUCCCAGACAAUGAACAGGCGCUGUAUGAAUUAGUGAAAUGCAACUUCAAUGCAGAAGAGGCGCUGAGACGAUUACGCUUCAAUGUGAAAGUGUUUAGUGAAGAACUGUGCGCCUGGAGUGAGGAGGAGUGUAGGAACUUUGAGCAUGGCUAUCGAGUUUACGGGAAGAACUUCCACCUCAUUCAGGCUAAUAAGGUACGAACGCGCUCAGUUGGGGAGUGUGUGGAGUAUUACUACAUGUGGAAGAAGUCUGAACGUCACGAGUACUUUACCCAGCAGGCCACCAGACUCAGCCGCAAGAAGUACAGCCUGCAAUCAGGGAGCAUGGACGAUGGAGACCAGGACGGUGAAGUUGGGGAGCUGGAAGGAAGCAACAACUCUUCAGGCUUGUCGACUCACAGCUCCAUGAGCACUAGGCAGCUGGAGUCCACGUUACCUCCGCAGUCGAGCCUGGUGCUGGAUAAACAAGACGGUGAGCUGGUGAUGGGGCUGUCAGACCUGUGUGGUGACGGAUGUCCUCAGCAGCUGUUCGGCUGUCCCUUCUCUCUCCCGCCCAUGGACGACCUGCGGGAUCUUGGCUCAGGCACAUGUUGUCCCUCAGUUCCAGUUCAGCUCCAGUCCCAGCCCUCCCCCCUGAGCUCCCAGUGGGCCGGCAGGAGCCCUCCGUCCUGUCAUGACGACCUUCGUCUCCCAGGCUCCUGCUUCUACCAGCUACACAUGUGCAGUGGACCUUUAGUUCCUGAGGGCCCUGACUGUGGUACAGCAUGCAGCGGGACUGGCUCCACCCAUGGGCUGCAGGUGGAAUUCAGCCUGUCUCCGUCUGCCUCACCUCCAUCAUCUGCCCUCCUCCCAUCUCACUUCCAGGCGUUUGCAGCCUGCCGCACCCCUCUCCCGUCCAGCAUCCCCGCUCUCUCACACAGUGACGGAGGAAAUCAAAACUGAGUGGUACACUUAAUUUGAUCUGUGACCGCUGUUGGUAUUUACAUCAGGCUUGAAGAAACCAGGACAGAAGUGCAUUUACUUCACUUUGUGAAGAACAAUUGGACCUACUACCUGUGUUGGAGAAUAGACUCGUCUGUCUGAAUUGAUUUUGAAACUGAGACACUUGAACCCUCCAUCCAACAAUAGUGGAAUGACGAGUGUUAAUCAAAAUUUUCGGGUGUUGAUCAUGUGUUUAUUAACAGUUGAUAACUGUAACCUGCACCAGGACAAUGUUAUUGAUUCAUUAUAUUUAAUACAUACUUGUGAAAGCACAGUGCCGGUGGUGAUAGCUGCUGUGACCCUUCAAACAAACCAGAUGCAAGUGGCUAGCAGCCUAUUUUUUUCUAAAACAGAUUAAUGAUUUACAACGCUAACCACUUUGUCUAGUUUUUUAUCAAAAUGGAAGAGUUUGACUGCAGCUCAGCGUUCUCUCAACUUCUUCCAACAAGAGCCAAUCACUUGCCUCUUAAUAUUUUCUGCAUAUUGCUCAACAUUUUUUCCACAGUGGCAUGAUCGGUGGAAGUCCACAGAGUAGACUGUGUCCCUUCAAAAAAUUGAUACAAAUAUUAAAGGCCCAGUGUGUAGGAUUUAAUGGCAUUUGGCAUUAAGAUUGCAGAUUGCUACUAACUCCACUACCAUUCGCCUCACCAUCCUUCUCCAGAGCCCAUGUUUUGUUUGUCUGUUCUGGGCUACUGUAGAAACAUGAUGAUGAAACAUGAUGGACUCUGUGAAAGAGGACCUGCCCCCUCUGUACAUUUAAAUGGCUCCUAUAAGGUAAAGAAUUACUGAUUAUGAAUAACAUAUUCCAUUUCUCACAGCAUAUCUCACUAAAUCCUACGCACUGAACCUUUAUCUCUGAUUUUGUCUUUGUUUUAAUUUCCUGCCCCUCCAUUACAUCUGUCUAAACCUGAAGUGAUCUUUCUCAACAAUUCUAUUUAAAUAUAAGAAGCUGAAAAUAAAUAAACUUCUAAUUCUAAGGUUGAGAUUUGAAUAUGGUCGUGAAGGUGAAAGGGGCACAAUAUUUCUGCCGGUUUUGUUUUUUAGUUUUGCUUUUGUUGAAGUUUUCGUCCUUGAUCUUCACUUUGAAGACUUGCGUAGAGAUUUAUAAACGUGCAGUGCUUUGUCAUCACUUCUGAUCACCGGUUUCUGUUUAAUCAUGUUGAAUAUUUUGUAUCAUUAAGAGCCUGUUUGAAAUGAAUAAUAGGCAAAAAAAAUAAAAUUUGUCAAUGUAAAAUGUACAUGGGGAAAUAUAGGUAAGUCACUGAAUGCAAACACAGUUUCUCAGGUUCUGCAACUUUAAUGAUUUUUCUAAGACCGUUAAUCAGUGAGCGGCAGUCAGUAUCACUCUGCAGAGGUGUCACAUACACAGAUCAGAUUGUUGUUAGACUUAAUUGGAUGUAAUGACGGAGGUCAGGAUCCGGAGAGCGUCACAACAUUAAUAUCAACAGUUCUGACUCUUUCUGCUUGUUCUUUUCAUCCAAUUAACAUCCAGUCAGUGAACAUGUGUGAACAAAGGUACAGUAAUGAUAUAUUUAGUGCGACAUCGUGGAUUAAACAAAUAUUUCUUUUCCUGUGAAAUGUUUCCUUCACUGACCUCUGCCAGACAUAAUGAAAUAUACUGAAAAAUAUCACAUAUGUAUGCACAUUAACAUUUCUAAUUCUAAUAAUAAUGAUGAUUAUAAUAACACUAAUCAUUAAUAAUUAAUAAUAUUUGAUCGUGUUAAGCUCUUAUUAAGAACUGUGUAACAGUUUCUCACCUUUUAGUCACCAGUCUCCCAAACUUCUCAUGGCCCCAUCAAUUACAGAUGUCAAACUGUUAUAUGAAUUUUGAUAAUUACAAACUUCUAUAUUUCAGCCCAUUUUUAUGAUCUCUUAUUAUUUCAUAUAUUUUGUAAAGCACAGAAGGAGCUUCAAUUAAUGACAAAUGUCUUUAAUAUAGUUGAAAUCUACAGAUUCACAUCUCAAAAGAAUCUGCCAAUUGAAGGUUUGAGAAAAUAGAGUAGGUCGCAGAACAAACGUGAUGAUUUAAUGUUUUGAUUUACAUAUGUGGUAUUUGCUUGUGCGUGUCAGUAUAUUGUCUCUAAAGAGGUGAGGGAAAAGUUCCAGGGAAGGAAAUAGGAUUCAGCCCAACAUUUUACCUUCCAUCUGUCCUUCUAUUUAUUCUUUGUCUGUAAAUGUGGGAGCUCUUCCUGUGAUCCUAUCAAAAAGCCAAGUCGGUUUCAGAUCAAUGUUUGUUUUGUCGUUGACUGUUUACACGAAGGGGGUUCAGGACGAGACCACGAAGGCAGGAAAAGGCGCUGAAUCACUGCCUUUUGUUAAUUCUUUAUUUUCACUUUUAUUUUUAACCAUUUCUAUAUUGUACUGCUUCUGUUAUGUUUGUUUAUAAUAAUUAUAUUUUGUAAAAAAAAAAAAAAUGAAUGAAUGAACAUGGGUGAAAUAUUAAACUACAUUGCUUGAG